AGGACCAUAUUUGUGAUUUCCAUGUGGCGUGAUGACAGUGAGACUGUACGGGAGCGCGUCACUGGGACUUUAACGCGUUUUAAACACUGCGCAUCUACGGCUGGCAUCAAGUCGGAUGUCUCAGCCUCACGGCCCGUAGUUGUAUAUUCUUGUUUUUUUUAAAUCUACUAAUCUGUAUCUUGACUAGUCCUCUUGCGAACCUUAACGAGACCCCCAUGGCCUCCGCCACCUCCACCCCCGCCGCCUCCGGCAGCCGGUCCAGCCGCUCCGUCAGUCGCCGCAGCACAGCGGCCGGCGGCCUGCCGUCCUCCAGCACCAGCCCGACCUGCAUGUCCCGCAUCCAGGAGAAAGAUGACCUCCGGCACCUCAACGAUCGCCUCGCCAACUACAUCCAGCGGGUCCAAGAGCUGGAAAGCGAGAGGUCCUUCAUGCUCAUGCAGCUGGAGGAAAAGGAUGAAUCCAAGAGCCGGGAGAUGGGCAACGUGCGACGGUUGUACGAGGAGGAGCUGGCCGAUGUCAGGAAGUCCCUGGAUGGUAUCGCUGGAGAGAGGGCCCGCCUGCAGAUCGACUAUGGGAAUCUCUGUGAAGAGUACAAGAAACUUCAAUCCAGGAACCAAAAGAAGGAGAGCGAUCUGACCAAUGCUCUGGUCCAGUUGAGGAAAGCUGAGGCAACUCUAAACUCCAAGGAUGCUGAGUACACCAAAUUGCUGUCUGAGAACAGGAGACUCAACGAGGACUUUGCUGACCUACAAGGCCAGCUGGAUAACGUAGAACAUGUGCUGGCAGAGGCCAAGAAACAACUGAGCUCUGAGAUGUUGAGGAGGAUAGACAUGGAGAACCAGGUGCAAACACUCAAAGAGCAGCUGGAACUCCAGAGGAACAUCAGCGAGCAGGAAAUCUUGGAGAUCCGGAGUCGACAUGAAAGCCGCCUAGUGGAGGUGGACUCCGGGCGGCGGAGAGAGUUUGAAAGUAAACUUGCCGAGUCGAUUCAGCAGCUGCGCCAGGACCAUGAGGCACAGCUGCAACUGUACAAAGAAGAAAUAGACAAAACGUUCAGUUCGAAGUUAGAGAACGCCCAGCGGGCUGCACUGGAGAAAAACGACGCUGCAUCCGCUACAAAAGAUGAAUUGGAAACCACCAAGCUCAGAAUGGAGACGCUCAGCUCCCAACUCCAGCAGUACCAAAAAGAUAAAAUGGCGUUGGAGGGUCGCUUUCAGGAUCUGGAGAGGACUCUGGACAGGGAGCGGGAGGUUUGGCAGCAGAAGUUGAGUCAGAAGGAACAGGAGCUGCUCAACAUGAGAAGUCAGAUGUACACUCAGUUAGAAGAUUACGAGAACUUGCUGGACGUUAAGUUGGCUCUGGACAUGGAAAUCAAUGCCUACAGGAAGAUGCUGGAGGUAGAGGAGCAGAGGCUGCAGUUGUCCCCCAGCCCCUCACAACAUGCACCCGUAGCCAGAACACAGGAACACAGCAGCCGCAAGCACAGAGGGAAAAAACGGAAACAUGAGGGAGCCUCUGGCAGCUCUCCAGCCUAUAAAAUGUCCAGUCGUUCAACAGAGCAUGGUGCAGUGAGCGUGGCAGAAAUCGACAUUGAUGGAAAAUAUGUUAAACUGAAGAACAGCUCUGAGACGGAGCAGCCGUUGGGUGGUUGGGUUGUACGAUGGAUGUACCCAGAUACUGCAGAUGUCUCCUUCCACAUCCCCUCCCCCUGUGUCCUAGCUGGUGGGCAGACACUAACGAUCUGGGCAGCAGGUGCAGAGACAGAGGCUGAUUCUGGGGACCUCAUUCUGCAGGGCCACAGAAGCUGGGGGGCCAUUAGUGAUGUUAGGGUGAUUCUUCUGAACUCCGACCUUGAGGAGGUAGCAGAGCGCAGGGUGUGUUUACAGGGCAGAGGUGACGAAGAAACUGAAUUGGAGUUUGAUGAAGAAUUUGUGGCAGGUAGCGACAUUCAGCGCUUUCGGAGACAGCCAAAGAAAAAGAAGUGUUGUUCUGUGUCCUGAAUUCAGGCCAGACAGCGUCCUGAAUAGUAGGACCUGUCUAAGGAGGCCAGUUGUGCCGUCAUGUGAUUUUGUCCAUCCACUGCUGGCCGUCAUCACUAUCUGGAAAACCCGGACCAGCUCCGGGCUUCAGAGUACAAAUGUCAGCUGCUGUCUGGUUCUGGUGUUUCAACAAACUGACAAACUUCAAUAAGACAGUGACAUGUUAGUAAAGAGCUCCUAUGCCUUAGCACAACCUUAACCUCAGUGUCCCUCACAUUGCAUUGCUCCAAUUGCACAUUGUAGGCUUUUCCUUGAUUUAGUCUUAUUUAAAUGUGUUGUGAAAUAAAACUGUAACCUAAUAAAGUUUUCUAAACUAUUAUAGUUCAAUCUAAAA